AAUACUUUAAAUAUUUAAUUAUUAACUGUUAGGAAACAGUUAGAGAAAUAAAAAUAAAAAUGAAGAGCAAUUCAGAUGAGAGUGAUUAUGAAAACGUAAGUUUCAAAAGUUUCUCACAAGACAACGAUGGAAGUGUUGAAACAAAAGAAAAUUAUUCAUCAUAUUUUUCUUGUUCAAACGAGAGUGAUGGUAAUGAAGAUUAUUAUAAUGAAAAUACUAGUGAGAAGGAUAGUAUAGCCACAUUCAAAUCUCAUAGUGUUUACCAAGAUUCCUCUUAUGAACAAGAUUCAGCCGAUGAAGGUUGUAGUCAAAGUAUGCAGAAUCAUGCCUACAUACAAGAUUUAUCCAAUUGUAAUGAAGAAUUGGAAACUAGGACAAAAAGGAAGACAUAUGAAGAAGAUCCUUAUCACCAUAGUAAACGACAAAAGAUUCAUAGAAGCUCGAGUAAGUCUGACGAGGAGGAUAUUGAUGAAAUGAGAGUUCACAACAGAAAAGAAGUAAUAACACAAGAGCCAAAAAGUUCCCUUGAUAAGGGCAUAAGGAUGAUGCGAAUGAUGGGAUAUAAAGAAGGUUACGGUCUUGGAAAAAAUAAACAAGGUCGUUUAGAGCCAGUUCAAGCACCUAAACAGCAUGGUCGUAGAGGUCUUGGACAUCAUGUUCCUGGACUUGAAGCUUCAAGUCUUAAGUGGAAUCCUGCAGAGGAAAUAAUAAAGUGUGUAGAAGAUAUGGAAUGGAUAAGAAAUCCAAAUCCUAAUACACCUACAUUAGAAGAAAUGCAGCACUGGUUACAUCAGGGACCAAAAAAGUUGACGAUAGAUGAUGAAACUGAUUUCUGUUGUGAAGAUAUAGUGAAAAAUGUUAUCAAUGCAAAAACAGUAUUUGAUCAUUUGGAUGGCGUUGAAAUACGUCGAGCAAGAACACGUUGCAAUCCUUAUGAAACAAUUCGUGGUGCAUUUUUUUUAAAUCGUGCUGCUGUUAAAAUGGCAAAUAUAGACAGAGCAUGUAAUUUUAUGUUUACUAAACCAGAAGGUUUGAGGGACAAUGAGCUGCUAUACUUCGCAGAUGUUUGUGCUGGACCAGGUGGUUUUAGUGAAUAUGUGCUAUGGCGGAAGAAAUGGCGUGCUAAAGGAUUUGGUCUUACUUUAAGGAAUGAAAAUGAUUUCAAAUUAGCUGAUUUUUAUGCAGCUCCUUGUGAAACAUUUCAUCCAUAUUAUGGACCAAAAGAAAAUGGUGAUGUUUUUGACCCAGAUAAUCAAGAGGCAUUUACAAAUCUUAUAAUGCAGCAUACCCAUGGCAAAGGAGUGCAUUUCAUGAUGUCUGAUGGAGGAUUUUCAGUAGAAGGACAAGAAAAUAUACAAGAAAUUCUUUCAAAACAAUUGUAUCUUUGUCAAUGUCUGGUGGCAUUGAUGAUUGUAAGAGAGGGUGGUCAUUUUGUGACAAAAUUAUUUGACCUUUUUACACCCUUUAGUGCUGGUUUAGUUUAUUUAAUGUAUCGCUGCUUUGAAGAAGUUUGUAUUUUCAAACCAAACUCUUCUAGACCAGCAAAUUCAGAACGUUACUUAAUAUGUAAAAAGAAACGGGCUGGGACACAAGAUGUUGUGGAAUAUUUAAAGCAUGUUAAUCGUCUGCUUUUAAAAGGUGGUGAAAAUGGCGAUGUUUUACAGUUAGUAUCAUAUAGUGAAUUAAAAAAAGAAAAACAAUUUGUUCACUAUCUACGUGCUUCUAAUGAAGAUUUGGGCAGAAAACAAAUAAUAGGCCUGUGUAAAAUCGCUGCAUUUUGCGAGGAUAGUACCCUUGUUGAGACAAAACAAGCUGAUAUGCGCAAGCAAUGUCUAGAGUAUUGGAAACUUCCUGAUGAAAGUAGAACGCUUCCAAGGCAAAUGAAGCCUAAAGAUAAAUUGAAUACUCUUUUGAGAGAUACUUCAUUCCUUACUAUUAAUCCAGCACAAUUGAUGGAAUUUAACAUUGAAAAUGCAUUAUUAUCACCAUAUGACUGGUUUUGUAUGCCAUGUGGUACAAAGCCAAGGGAUGAUGAUGAUAAGAAGAACGCUACAUUUUAUAUGGGCAUGGGAAGGAGUAACGUAUAUCGAUAUAUAAAGAACUCUUGGGUUCUAGUCGAUGACAUUGCCAUAGAAUUACCACCAAAUACACUUAUAUACGCAGAAGUUGUAUAUGAAAUGACUAAGGAAUUUAGACAUCAGCAAAAAGUACUUUCAUUGCAUAUUAUAGAUGCAUUCUACUUAGGAGGAGAGGACAUCAGUAAAAAAUAUUUGAGGAACAGGAAUGAGGAUAUGAAGUUGUUCUGUGAAGCUUUGUGGAAACCAGCAGGAAAUAAUUAUGCUCGAGUACGUGCCAAAGAACUAUUCCCAGUUGGUUCAUACAUAUGUGAAAAGCUGCGAGUAACACAACGUAAAAUGAAAAAUAAUUGCGAUGCCUUAGUAUACGAACUUCCAGAGAAGACUUUAGAUGUUAAUGGUUAUAAUAACGACAAAUUGUAUUUCAUACCACAUAGUGUAAUAUUUUUGAGAAGUACCGUAAAUCCUUGGAAUCGGUAUGUUAGUAAAACACGUUCCAUGACAUACGUUUUUAAUUGCAAAACAAAUGAGAAGAUAUUCGAUCUUCAUAGACCAAGUUCAGCAGAAGCAAGCUUCGUUGAAUCUUUUAAAAAUCGCCUUAUUUGGCAUUGGCCUAAUGAUUCAUCACUUACUAUGAGCAGAUUUGCAAAAUUUAUUAAAGAUAAGUGUCCUGUAUAUAAUACAAGCUUAAAAUAUUAAAACUACAGAAUGUACAUAUAUUGAAACAUGACUCGAGCUGCGUAGAAGUCAAACAGAUUAAUUCCAUUAAGUUGACUGUUAUUUCGAAUAUGAAAUACUUAUAAUAUAUUUUAGUAUUUAGUAUUAUAUUUCUAUAUAAAUAGAAGUAAUUUCAGAAAAUAUAAUUAAUCAGUUUGUCUUCUGGGUGGCUCAAUUGCAAUACUAUUUGGUAUGAAAUAUACUUUUACAAAUGAUAUGCAGUAUUGUAUAUAAUGAAUGAAUGGUUAUAGGAAUGAAUGAUGAUAUUAAACUGUACUAUAUGAUUGUAUAAUUUAUUUUAUAAUUAUAUUAUAAAUAUUUAGUCGAUACAAUUUGUUUUUAGUUAGAAUGAUUAGAUAUCUAUUUGUGGCAGCUGCUCCCAUAAUAGGAUAAGUUUCAAUACCCAAGUCUACAAUCCAUUGCUUACCAACUUCAACAUUUGAUUCAGGUCUUUUAUAAAGAAAUAUAUAUCUUAUGUGCUCAAGUAUAGCUACAUAUGAACCAUCUAAAACAUAUAAUAAGUUGAAGUACUGUGUGUAAAUAAUUUGUAUUUAUAAUUUAGCUAAAUACUUUACCAGCAGGUGAAAGACAAAA